CGCCCUCCAAGCUUCUUCGCCCCUCCCCCAAAAAGAACUGCUUUUUAUUGUCGACGAACACGUUUUCCACCGGAUCCGACUCAAUGGCACAACAAUCCAUCUCGAGAAGAGGCCGUUUAGCCGUCCGUAUUUACUAGUGGAGUGUUUUACACUCGUCUCCUCUCGAAUUCUCGGCACAUAUCUUCUCACUUUGCGGCCGGUGUGCUCGUCCAUUACGCGACGAACGACGACGACCGUCAAACUUCCAAGUCGAGCCGCGCCGGAUCAUAUUUUGGUCAUCCGGUCAACCCGUACCCAUAUAGAUAACUUCGAUUCUUAUCUUCCAUCGGCUCUCGACGAACAUACUGCUAGUUAUCAUGCCUUGCUGAGUCUCGCACCGCCAUCGACUUCACGACAUCGGCAAACCAGUCUCGCCACGACCACACUAUCCCCGUCACUUCGUUGCCCAUCGAACCGAGCACAAUACAAACAUGGUUGCAAGAUACGCGCCGCGGCCCGGAAACUCGGCAGGUGCCUUUGGCAUCGUGCGGUCCAGCGUUCUAGGCCUAGGCCGUGCCCUGACCCUGGGGCUCUCCUCCGUCGUCGCCGCCCCGUUGGGCGCAAACAGUCAUUACGACGAGGGGCCCGAGGAAACCGGUGCCGCUCGCUGGGUCUUGUUCGUAUUGGCAAUGGUCCUUGUCAUCUCCGGCGGGGCCUUCGCCGGCUUGACCAUCGCCCUAAUGGGCCAAGACAACAUCUAUCUCCAAGUUCUGUCCGGCGAUCCGAGCGAACCGCAGUGUAACAAUGCGAGACGUGUACACAACUUGCUCAACCGGGGGAAACAUUGGGUUCUUGUCACUUUGCUCCUGGCCAAUGUUGUUGUCAACGAAUCUCUGCCUGUUGUGCUGGACCGAUGCCUGGGAGGUGGUGUUGCUGCCAUUGUAGGCAGUACCGUCUUAAUCGUCAUCUUUGGUGAAGUUGUCCCCCAGUCGAUCUGCGUCCGCUAUGGUCUGCAGAUCGGAGGUAUCAUGGCCAAACCAGUCCUCGUCAUGAUGUGGCUGUUGGCCCCUAUCGCCUGGCCUAUCGCCAAGCUCCUCGACUGGGCUCUCGGUGAGGACCACGGUACCGUCUACAAGAAGAGCGGUCUGAAGACGCUUGUUACCCUGCACAAAUCGCUAGGAGAUGUGGGUGAACGGCUCAACCAAGACGAGGUCACCAUCAUCAGUGCCGUGCUCGACUUGAAGGACAAGCCUGUUUCUAGCGUCAUGACGCCCAUGGAGGACGUUUUUGUCAUGGCCGAAGAUACAGUACUCGAUGAGAAGACCAUGGACAAGAUACUCUCCGCUGGAUAUUCCAGGAUUCCCAUCCACGCCCCUGGCAAACCCAGAGACUUUGUCGGCAUGCUCCUGGUCAAGAUACUCAUCACCUACGACCCUGAGGAUUCCUGCCAGGUAAAGGAUUUUCCUCUAGCUACUCUUCCGGAAACUCGCCCAGAGACAAGCUGCCUGGAUAUUGUCAACUUCUUUCAGGAAGGCAAGUCGCACAUGGUCCUCGUCUCUGAGUAUCCUGGAGAGGAUCGCGGGGUGCUCGGAGUUGUCACGCUGGAGGAUGUGAUUGAGGAGCUAAUUGGGGAGGAAAUUAUUGAUGAAUCGGACGUGUAUAUCGAUGUGCACAAGGCGAUUCGCAGAUUAACGCCCGCGCCCAAAGCUCGGCCUCACAAGAAAGACGCCGAGAGUUCAGCUAGCCAUGUAAGCGAAAACGGUAAGCUCAUCGAUGUGGACGAGGUUGCCGAGCCUCAGGCAAGUUCCGAGGCCUCCGGCGCUCUGCCAGAUGGAACGUUGAUUCUGUCGAGCAGCCCUGGUCAGCACACGGCGACUUUUCUUAUGCGGAGAAGCUCGGCCGGACCGGAUGGACGUCUGCAAGAAUCAAUGGUCCCUGUCAAAGCCAAUCUCGAAGAACUCAAGAACCAGUUAAAGCAUCUGGGACCCUCAAACCGCAACACGCACCCCCUGGAUACCAGGUCGACUACGGUCAAGAUCAAAUCUAUAGUGGGAUUGACGCCGAGUCAUACGAUGAGCCCAUCGGGUCUUCGCCCGGCGUCCCUGGCGAGCGAACGACUUGACCCCAACCUGGAAGCCAUCCAGAGAGAAGACGAAAGCACGCCGCUCAUCCAGCCGACUGUCUCUGGAAAGGGCGGCGCGCAAGCCGUGCGUAGGAGCUACGGCGGCGCCGGUAUGAGUGAGGCGCAAACGAGACUCGCGGUUCAACAUACGGAUGAUCUAGCAUCCCCCACGAGCACUCUCGAACUGCAAAUGCCCACAAUUUGGCCCGAGGGGGGCAGUACCAAGACCGCCAACGGCAAGAGCCCCGGUUCUACCUCUGGCGCCACUGGCAGAGAGCGGAGGAAACCCGGUAGUAGCGGGACCAGCACCAACAGCGGCGUCAGCGAAGGGAACCUGACGCCCAAGCAACACAUCGCCCGCAGCGGAAGCAUCAGCGAGAACGUGGUGGAAACGAGCUCGGGGGUGCACAAGAUCAUCAUCCAGGCGUCCAGCGCCGAGGUGGAAUACCUGUCAAACGCCCUUGGCGGGUGGGGGGGGCCCGGCAACAAGCACGCGCGGGAGGAGCUGCAGGUCGCAGUAGAGGAAGCAUCGGAAGAAGACGAGAAUGCGAGCGAGUUGACGUCGUCGGGUGGCCCGUCUUCGUCGGUUCCAUCCGCAUCGAAUGAUGACGGGAAUGGGAAUCAGACAAGCGGCAACAGCGAAAAGAAGAACAAGAAGAAGAAGAAGAAGAAGAAGGGCAAGUCCUAGCUUGGCUGGUCGCAAGGGAGCCAGCACCAUGUUCUGCUGGAGGGCGGAGCAUCAUCGACGGAAAGAAAAGGGGAACACUGUGAUAAGACAGGAUUGCGAAUGUAUGCGUGCGUGUUACGCACCGCCUGUACUAUGGUAUCUUUUAAUUCCAAAGCAGUUCAUGUUUUAGCCUCAUCUAUCCAUGUGCCAUCUUGGAUUCCUCUUUUAUCCUUGUUUUUUUUUUUUUCCCACUUUCCAACUGCCUGUCAUAUGCGGUUUCUUGGCGGGUGGGGAUGGAUACAAGAUGAGUCGUGCCACGGACGGCGCCUUGGUGAAUAUAUCCAAGUCUUGUCGGCCCUUUCCUUUUCUUUUUUUCUUUAUUUUUUUUAUUUUUUGCCGUUCCUUUACUUUUUCGUUUCGUCUUUUUCUUCUCUUCUCUUCCUUUUUUUUU